AUGAGUGCAAUUAAAAAAGAAACUACUAAUAAAGCUGUUAAUCAAUAUCAAAUUCUUGGUGGUAAGGGAAUUAAUGUUUCAGUAAUGUUAAAACAUUUAGGUUCUAAUAAUACUGCUUUAGGUUUUAUUGGGGCAAGUAGCAAUUUAUAUCAAGAAAUUGCUGAACUUUGUUUCAAGCAAAAAAUUGCUUUUGCAAUUGACACGACAAAGACUAAUUUAAUACCAACUUUGCAAUACCGACCAUUAUUAAUUAAACCGAAUCUAGCAGAAUUGAAUGAAAUUUUUAAUACUAAUUAUCAUUUUGAUAAUCAAAAAGCAGUAAUUGAAUUAGCACAAAAAUUAUUAGCACAAGGUGCGCAAAAUGUUUUAGUUAGCAAUGGCAAAGAAGGUAGUAUUUUAGUUACUACAACUAAAGGUAGUUAUUUUGCUAAUACUGCUAGUGGUAAGUUAGUUAAUUCAGUUGGUGCCGGUGAUUCAAUGGUUGCAGGUUUUAUUGCAACAUAUCUUAAAACUACCGAUCCAAAAAUCAGUUUACAAGUUGCGACAGCAGCAGGUGGUGCAACUGCUUUCAGUCAGGGAAUUGGCGAAUUAUCAUUAGUUAAUAAAUUAAAAACACAAAUUAAAGUUACA